AUGUCCGAUUUUGGUGGAAAUUUUUACAUCACCUUUCUACUAUCAGGCCUAGUUGAGUUGCCAUCACAAUUAUUGACCGUGGUAUUUUUCCGACUGUUUGGACGUCGACUACUGUUUUCUACAUUUUUGACCAUAACGUGCGUAUCGUGUCUGGCGAUCAUCGGCUCCCGGGCUGAGUGGCUAACAGUCCUGUUGGCACUCAUAGGCAAGUUUGGAGUCAACAGCGCCUGGAAUGUUAUGGCAGUUGUCGGACCCGAGUUGUAUCCAACGGUUAUCAGGCAUAGGGGUAUGGGUGUCGCACAGGCGGCUAUUCAUGGCUUAGCGCCGGUUAUGAUACUAUACGGCGUGUUAUCGGGUGUCGGAGCCCUUAUUGUGCUAUUAUUACCUGAAACUAAAGGUCGCGAGAUUCCCGAUACUAUUGAAGAAACUGAUCAGGAUAACAUUAUUAAUACUUAA